AAAAAAUAAAAAAACAAAAACCCAAGAAAUGAGAAAGUUGAAACCAACAACAACAAACCAGGAAAGAUGUUUUCAGUCAACCGAUUCGACCCAAACCAACAUCAGCAGCAACCAAGCCAAGAAGAUAAUGAUAAACAGACAUUCAACCCACUCUCAAGACUCAACCAACGACUCCAAGCUAAGAACCUAUCAGUAUCAACAGUAGAAGCAAGCACAGAGAUAGAAGCAAGCACAGAAAAACCAGUCGAACCAAAAACCACUCAAACAACAACCAUCAACAAUAUCCAUGUCGACAGACUAUAUAACGACGAGAAAUACGAACCCUCACUAGAUCUAACUCAACCACUGACCAAGAAGCAAAAGGCUCGUCUACAGCUUGGUUUCACCGGCGCAAAUACCAUCCCCCUACCAUCCUCAGAACCACCCAAACCGAAGUCAAGCGCAAAACUGAAAUACCUCAAACGGAAGAAGGAUCGCAAGAAAUCUAGGAAAAGAACUAGUACGACAUCUGCUGAAACCAAGAAAACUAUCAAACAGGAACCAUCUCAAUCUACUCCAGCCGAUCAUCAAACCCCUCAACCUGAGAACCACCCCAGCUCAUCCUCAAAUCCACCUCCUGUAACCACCACUGAUCAUGAUCCCUCAACCACAAGCCUUCAAGAACCAUCAUCAGAGAAACCUAAACGAGCAAAACGACCUAAAAAUUUGGACGUUGCCCUGGAGAAAAUUUCGAAAAAGAAGAAGAGGAAUCGAGAAAUAACAUCAGUAGAACAAGAGGAAGGAAACGCGUCGGAGGCAGCAACUGCUGAGGAUCCAGAAGUUCAACAAACGGCCCUUGUCGAGGAGAUCAGCCAACCAGGCGCGCUUCCCCGCUUCCCAGCACCUACCAAUCCGUCCCUACCUGACCCUCAGCUGUUGGCCCGAUUGGCCAUGGGAUUGGGAGACCCAGACCCUUCAGAAAUCGCCGAAUCCGAACACGAUAACAGCAUGAUCCAGUUCGAUAGCGCCUCCACUCUCCCCUUGUCUCAGCUCGAAUCUAGGGCCUCCUCCCCUGGCCAAUUUAUUCAAUCCCUCUCUCUCAGUAGCCAAUCUAUCUCCCGAUUGAAACAACUCGAAUUCGAAAAUCUUCUUGCUGUCCAAAUCGCCGUCUUCUCACUCCUAAUGCCUCCUCUUAGCGCCUACUCAAAUACACCCGCCUCUAGCUUGUACCCCACUCGAAGACCACCUAGGGAUCUAUGUGUCAGCGCUCCAACUGGUUCUGGAAAAACGCUGAGCUAUAUUGUGCCGAUCGUCGAGACUCUGUCUUCCCGUGUCGUUUGUCGUCUACGUGCAUUAAUUGUCUUACCCACCCGAGACCUCGUCCUACAAGUGAAGAAUACAUUUGAUUGUUUUUCUAAAGGAACAGGCUUGAAGGCAGCAAUUAUUACUGGACAACAUUCAUUUACGAAGGAACAAGCUCAACUCGGCUGUUCUCGGGACGGAUUAGAAGGCUCAGUAGAUGUCUUGAUCGCGACGCCAGGAAGGCUGGUCGACCAUCUCAACCACACCUCCGGGUUCUCGCUCCAACAUCUUUGCUUUCUGGUGCUCGAUGAAGCCGAUCAACUCCUCAAUAAAUCUCAGGCCUGGUUGCAUCAAGUUUUGUCUACCUCUGCCGCUUCUGAAGUUCCCAAACCAAUGGAACAUACCGAGCCUAUCAAAUCUUCUUUCAAUCACCCUAAAUCGCUGCUUGGUUUUCGAUCGUCUGAGCCUUUCGAACCCUCUCACCUUCUCGAUGGACCUCUAUCUACUGUCGAAAUGCACAAUCAAGAUCAUGGUCUGACUGAAAACCUGCCCAUCGAGACGUAUAACCCGUGUCGGUUACGUCCUUUCCGGAUUCUAUUGUUUUCAGCUACUCUGAGACGGGAUCCAGUCAAGCUUGCUCAUCUCGGUCUCCGUCAUCCGGUCUUUGUGAAAAUCUCUUCCUCUUCCACUACCUUGGUUGUCGACGGCGACCUGGAUCAAACUCGUCGAGAAAGUGGGACAAUCGAUUUUGUCGAUCAAUUGAACGGUUACUGUUUACCCAAAACUUUGAAGCAAUACCUUAUUGUGACAAGGACGGAUUUGAAGCCAUUGGUGUUCUUCAAAUUGCUGCAGUCACAACGGAUUGAAAAAGCUUUGUGUUUCUGUAAAUCGAUCGAUGGUGCGCGUCGAUUGACCGGGCUUUGUCGGCUCAUGGCCGAGCAGUUCCAAGCCCUAAAAUCUCCGAAUUCUGACGACCCCGAAUCGAAUCCCAAGCAGAAAGAUCAAGAUCAAAAGGAUCAAAAGGAUGAUGUGGAUCUUGUGAAGUUGUGUAAAGUUGAAUGCUUCUCCAGUGAUCUGAGUCCAGUCGAACGUAAAAAACUGCUGAAUAAAUUUCAAUCGGGUGAAAUCAACAUGUUAAUAUGUUCGGAUAUCAUUGCCCGAGGGAUCGACAUAACGGGGGUGCAGAAUGUGAUCAACUACGACUCGCCGAUCGACAUCAAGAAGUAUGUGCAUCGAGUGGGCCGGACGGCGCGCGCGAACGAGCAUGGUCGGGCGUUCAGUCUCGUCGAAUCUCAGGAGGCUAAGUUCGUCAAGGCGUUCUUGAAGACCGGGUUCGGCUCGCUCGCCCCCGAGCAACAGUUGGCUAGGAUUCGGAUCGAUUGGCUAGACCUUCAAGCUCUCUUGCCGUCUUAUAACAUCGCUUUGAAAAAAUUGGGCGACUUAUUUGGAAGAUCGAUCGAUUUAUGAUCUUGAUACAUCAAAUCUAUUUCCAUCGAGACAUAUUAGAGAUCUGUUAUCCACAUAACAUAUCAUACACAAAUAUACAUUCACUUCAUUGCAUGUUUACUAUUCAUUUAGUUGAACGAGUUUGUUGGGGAAGUUUUAUGGGCUUGAUAUAUACUUCUUGAAAUCACCUCUUUUUUGGACAUCCAUCUUCUUCCGUUUCCCUCCUGCUAUAUUUCCCCCAAGUCACAGUGGACCGCCUCGCACGCGC